AUGGCUCCUUCACGACGGCGGUUGAACUACUUCAACCUCCGUUCGAUCAAGCUCCGGAAACCUGUGGCUAUGGCAGCUUCAGGUACUCCUGUCAAGCGCUCCUCGUCGUCCGUCCCCCACAACAAUCCCAAGCGACUAAGGCAUUACCAUCACCAUCAUCGUCUGCAGGAGCCUGUUACUCUCCCGUCAUCCGAGCCAGCUGUGCAAGAUGAGGCCCACGUCGACCAAUUGAUGAACCGUGCUAUUGGCAUGACUUUGAAAGAUGCCGGGUUUAAUUUAGCCGAACCAACUGCUCUCUCGAGCUUCCGCAGUGCGACAGAAGAGUAUAUGCUACGACUUUCCACAUUUGCCCGCCAAUCCAUGCUAUCAUCCCGGCGAACACAACCUAUUCCGCAAGAUUUUGAACACGCCCUCAUCCGUUUCCGUCUUACACCAGAUGACCUCCUUCCUACCCUCAAAUCUGCUCGAUCUUCUAUACCCGCACCGCCAUUAUUGCCUUCUCCGGAGACAGAAGACGUGCUCCCACCAAGCCUACCUUCUCUCACGGCGCUCAGCAGUGAGGACGAUCGCGCGAAUCGCUCUUACAUCCCAAAACACUUCCCCAGCUUUCCCAGCAAGCACACCUACUCUGCCACCCCGGUAUUUGUCGAACGAGAUGGCGACCCACGCAAGAUUCGAGAACGGGCCGCAGAAGAUGGGCGACAUGGAGAGGAGGCAUUGCGCAAGUUGGCAAGCGCCGCAUUCCGCGACAACCAGACAGGCUCUACGGGUCAUCACAAGAAACUCUGGGGUCGCAGAACGGAUAGCAUGGAAACGAUGUUCGAGAAGACCGCCAAAGCUCUCACCAAGAAGCUCAACAAAGACCCUCUUACUACAUCUGCGGCAGUAGCUUUGAUCGACUCCGCCAUGGAAAUCGACUCAGGAAACCCGGCUGAUGCCGACAAGGCCCGGGCCAAGCUUUUAUGGAAUAUGGAGAUGGGACCGAUUGUCAACUGCGAGCGGGAUCUCUGGCGUCGGACGGCGUCGAAUACGCGCCGUGGGGAGGAAAGUGCGAAGCCUUCCGCGAGUGCGGAACCACCUGAGGUCAUGGCUGGCCUGUGA